AUGGACAACAAGGUUCAGUCAAUUACUGUUUCAGCCUGCAAGCCUCCUGGGGAACGGAACAUACAUGGCCUGAAGGUGAAUACUCGGGCUGGUCCAUCUCAGCAUACCAGCCCUGUGGUUUCAGAUUCACUCCCAAGCAAUAGCUUGAAGAAGUCCUCGGCUGAACUGAGAAAGAUACUGGCUAAUGGCCAGAUGAAUGAACAAGACAUACGGUAUCGAGACACCCUUGGUCAUGGCAACGGAGGCACAGUCUAUAAAGCAUAUCAUGUCCCAAGUGGGAAAAUUUUAGCUGUAAAGGUUAUUCUGUUAGACAUUACGCUGGAGCUUCAGAAGCAGAUCAUGUCUGAGCUGGAGAUUCUUUAUAAGUGUGACUCAUCAUAUAUCAUAGGAUUUUACGGGGCAUUUUUUGUAGAAAACAGGAUUUCAAUUUGUACAGAAUUCAUGGACGGGGGGUCUUUGGAUGUAUAUAGGAAAAUUCCAGAGCACGUCCUUGGAAGAAUUGCAGUAGCAGUUGUUAAAGGCCUUACGUAUCUGUGGAGUUUAAAGAUUUUACACAGAGACGUGAAGCCCUCCAACAUGCUUGUGAACACGGGCGGACAGGUCAAGCUGUGUGACUUUGGCGUUAGCACACAGCUGGUGAAUUCUAUAGCCAAGACGUAUGUUGGAACAAAUGCUUAUAUGGCACCAGAAAGAAUUUCAGGAGAGCAGUAUGGAAUCCACUCCGAUGUGUGGAGCUUAGGAAUCUCGUUCAUGGAGCUUGCUCUUGGGAGGUUUCCAUAUCCUCAGAUUCAGAAAAACCAGGGAUCUUUAAUGCCUCUCCAGCUUCUGCAGUGCAUUGUUGAUGAGGAUUCGCCGGUCCUUCCGCUUGGAGAGUUCUCGGAGCCAUUCGUACAUUUCAUCACUCAGUGCAUGAGGAAACAGCCCAAAGAAAGACCAGCGCCUGAGGAACUGAUGGGGCAUCCGUUCAUCGUGCAGUUCAAUGAUGGGAACGCCACCGUGGUGUCCAUGUGGGUAUGCAGAGCGCUAGAGGAGAGGCGGAGCCACCAGGGUCCCCCAUGAGACUGGACACUGACCAUGCGGACCAGUCACCAACGACACGCCGUGACCCCUCUCCGUCUGCUGCCUGUGAAGAGCUGAGCUGGGCCCAGGCUCCUGUUUCCACUUCCAACCCUAUGUAGAGCUCUCAAGAGAGGCAGCCUCUGCCGAGCCCCUCACCCUGGGGGGGAGGUGGUGCAGAGAGUGUAGGGGAGCAUGAUGGGGUUAUAAGAAUGGAAACUCCUCUGGCCCCAUCCCCUUCUAUUUCCUCCUGUUCGUUGUGAGGGUCAGGCCCUGUCAGCAGCACUGAUGGGAAUAAAAGUAUUACUGCUUUG